CAUCAUCCAUGUGUACGUGGCCGGUUCGACAUACACUGAGGAGAAACGACUAGUACAUUAAAGGAUUCGUCUUUGGAUUCUAGCAAAUACAGAAAAGACGUAACUAUGGUACUGCUAGCAGCUGCUGUUUGUACCAAGUCGGGGAAACCCAUCUUGUCUCGACAAUUCGUUGAGAUGACCAGGUCCCGCGUAGAAGGUCUCCUCUCUGCUUUCCCUAAGUUGAUGAAUACUGGGAAACAACAUACGUUUGUAGAAACUGAAAGCGUCAGGUAUGUCUACCAACCUAUUGAGAAGCUGUACAUGCUGCUGAUCACUACAAAAGCCAGUAAUAUUUUAGAAGAUCUUGAGACCCUCAGAUUGUUUUCCCGGGUGAUUCCUGAAUACUGCCGUUUGAUGGAAGAGUGUGAAAUCUUGGACCACUCAUUUGAACUAAUCUUUGCCUUUGAUGAGAUUGUAGCACUUGGCUACCGAGAGAAUGUCAAUUUAGCACAAAUACGAACAUUUACAGAGAUGGACUCGCAUGAAGAGAAGGUUUUCCAAGCUGUCAGACAGACACAAGAAAGGGAGGCUAAUAUCGAGAUGAGGCGAAAAGCCAAAGAAUUACAACAACGCAGACGAGAAGCUGAAAAGAUGGGUAAAAUUCGAUCAUCAGGGUUUUCAGGAUUUGGAAGUUCAAGUAAAAGUUCAGAUAUGGCCAUACCUAUGAUUGGUGAUUCUGCCUCUCAUAGUGAGAUACAUAAGGCAUCAUCCAUUCCUACCAAACCAAUUGGAUCAGGUCGGGCUAUGAAGCUUGGAAGUCGAAGCAAAGAUGUGGAUAGUUUUGUUGAUAAACUACGAACAGAAGGUGAAGAUGUUAUCAGUCCUAAUAAAUCCAGACAGUCCGCCAAUGUGGUGAAAACAACUACUCCUGUCAGUAACACAGAAAGUGUCCAUGUAAGAGUGGAGGAGAAGAUCUCAUUAACAGUUGGACGAGAUGGUGGCUUACAUAACAUGGAAGUACAUGGUUUAGUGCUGCUUAGGAUAUCAGAUGAACAGUUUGGUAGAAUUAAAAUAGCUAUCAAUAAUAACAAUACAAAAGGAGCUCAACUGCAGACACAUCCCAAUGUUGACAAAAAGCUGUUUGCAGCCAACUCUUCCAUUGGAAUGAAGAAUCCCGCCAAACCAUUCCCAUUAAAUAAUGAUGUAGGAGUCUUAAAAUGGAGACUGCAAACACAGGAUGACUCCUAUAUGCCAUUAUCAAUAAACUGCUGGCCAUCGGAAAACAGUGAAGGUGGGUGUGACGUUAAUAUGGAAUAUACUUUAGAACAGGAUGAUCUAGAAUUACAAGAUGUCUCCUUUGCUAUCCCUCUCCCAUCUGGUGUUGGUGCACCAAUAAUUGGUGAAAUAGAUGGCAAUUAUCAUCAUAAUCAUCGUCAUAAUAUAUUAGAAUGGUCACUACCAGUAAUUGAUGUAAAUAAUAAGACUGGCACUUUAGAAUUCAGUAUAGCUGGACAUCCCAAUGAUUUCUUUCCAAUUAAUGUCAACUUUGUAUCAAGGAAAUCUUUCUGUGGGAUUGAGGUUGCUGAUGUCAGCAUGGUAGAUGAACAAAGAUCUGUUAAAUAUUCCUCAGAUGUAGCAUUUUUUGUAGACAAAUAUGAAGUAGUGUAAAAUAGAUCAAAUUAGACUAUCAUAAUAUCAUCAGCCAUUAAACACGUCUCAGUUUUCGUCUCCAGGUUUCUUAUUUUACACAGUACUCACAUAUAUUGUGAUGUGAAGUAAAUGAAUUAGGAUAGGUUAUGUGGUGUGGGUUCGGUUUGGAAGAAAUGUCAUCAAAAGUCUGAUCAUCAACAACAUUCUCGUUAUACUUUUCAUUAAUUUCUCUUGACUUGGAAAGCUUUUAUACAAUCCUUUUGCGCUGAAAAUAAAAGUCUUAAUUCUGACUUUGUGAAAGACUUGGAGAUUGAAUUGAGACUUGCUGCAUUGUUUGUCUGUGGGGAGUGGUGCCAAGUCAUUGAGCUUAGCUGUGCCAUAUGACUGGGAAUGGUACAGUUGAAAACAUAGCGAUCUUCAUUAUUGUAUCUGAACUCCAUAGUAUUUUAAACUUGUGUAAAACUGAACUUGUACCAUACAAAUCAGCACAACAGUUGGUACGCAGACACUAAUGUUUUACGUUUUUUUUUAGUUGGACAUUGCUAAAACCAGUUUAACUCUGGUAAUUUAUCUCUUUAGAAAUGUACAUGUCUGCAUCUCAACUGGUCCGAAAUAUAUUCUGGUAUAAAUUGAAACCAUGCUAAAAAUACAUCAACUCGAUUAUUGUAAAUAUUGUAGCUUAUGGCUCGGACCUUUUUUUUUUUUUUCUUCAAGUUUUUGAAUUUACCUGAAUUGACCAACAAUUAUUUUCUAAAAGAAAGGAAGCAAUUGUUCUUGAGGCAACUAUUUUUCUGGGUGUUUUUAAACUUGAAAAAUAAUUUUGGAUAGUAUUCAUUAGUUCAGGAUUUACAUGCUGGGAGAUGUAUCAUUUGUAUCUUGCUCAACUUGAUGACAGAACGAUAUGAUACGAUACGGGACGGGACUGGACGGGACUUGUUUUAGAGCUCUAGUAGAUGGGUUCACUGAAUUACUCAAAUCUGUAAUUUAUUCUCGCGUCACAUGAAAUUUCAUGCUAUUCACAUUGAAGCAUUUCACUCGCUGUCGACAUCGAUACUGUGAAAUUCCUUCCCACCAAAGGAAGGUGUAUUUCGUACACCAAUUACUGGUAUGCUGGAAUGGGUGUAUGAAAGUCAGAUGAUCGAAGCACAGUGCUUGAAGAAACUAUGAUAAGGAAAAUUUGACAUUUCAUUGUGUCUCUUUCCCCAUGCAUGUUUGUUAUUGUAAUGCAAAUUAUGACUGCAAACACAAU